AGAACUUCUUCAGUCUCUUCACGCCGUUCAAGUCAUCGCCGCAGACAGCCAGUCCUCGAGGCUCUAAACAUCCGCGCAGUCCGUCUACUGUGUCAUCUAACAACAGUUCUGCGCCAAGUUCCAAGGUGGCAGGUAUGAUGAACAAAUCGCCGCUGCCUGCAAAACCUGUCCCCUCAAGGGCUGAGGAUGUGAUGACUGUGGAAGUGUCGCCGGGACACGUGCGAGUGAGCUCUGUGUCUGCCCCGUCCUCCCACGGUGCACCAAGCAACUCCAAGGUUCUCACUCCGUGUUUUCUGGUCCCCAACAGCAAAAACCUGGCCACGACCCACCGCAUCCCCACUGCCACGGUAGCCGCGACGACAUACACACCAGCGACAACAACAACCUCAGCGCUGAGUCUUCAGGGUCAUGGUGCCGUGUCGUACUCAACAAGGGCGAUGACAACGACAGUUUCAGCAGACGUCUCCCCCUCCCACAAACUGCGGAUCGUCACGGAGCGUGCCCGGCCGGGCGUCAGGUUCCGGGUGUUUGAAAUCCCCGCCCACCUCCACGUCGUGUUUGGCGGGAACCUCAACCUGCCUGUGUCCACCAACGAGAGACUCGUCUAUCUCGUGGACGCCCCGGCGCGGCCUGGGGACAGCCCCACCGCCAAACUUAUCAAGAUGUCGGAGGAAGAGAAAGACGCAAUCCUCACAGGUUCAGCCAACACGCAGCACAGCGCGGUGCCCCCCUCACCCACCAUGCCCAAUGUACAACACCGAGAGGUACUCCCCUCGUCCGAUGUGUGGCACAGCGUGGGUGGGAAGAAGACAGAUCUGCCCACAGCCAAAGUCAAGCCCCUCAGUUCUGGGGCACUCAGUUCUACUGCGUUCAGUUCUACUGCGUUCAGUUCUACUGCGCUCAGUUCUACUGCGCUCAGUUCUACUGCGUUCAGUUCUACUGCGCUCAGUUCUACUGCGUUCAGUUCUACUGCGCUCAGUUCUACUGCGUUCAGUUCUGGGGCAACCAACCUGGACCAAAUCUCACGGCCUGAUGCUGUUCCAAAGGCUGAAGUGAAAAUUGAAAAGGUUCCGUCUUCCAAAAAUGUCUGUACGUCUGUUCUUGAAACGGAAGAGAAAGUCAAUAAUGAAGAGAAAGUGACGAGACCUCAAUCAGAGAUACCCAAUUCCCGGCCGGCGGCGGAUGUGCCAGAUUGUCUUUCCCCUGUCUCCGACAUGCCCGUGUCUUCACCUCAGUGCGCCAGCACCCAGACACCUGUCUUAGCUCAGUCCAAAGUUCGACCGCUCUUCAAAAACUCCCCGGUGACCCAAACUCUCGUCCGCUCAGAAAGUGAUGAUCGGGAUACAAAACCAGACGCUCCCUCCCCGCGUGAGUGCAGUACGUGUGUCCCCACGGGCCAAGCUGUCAGUCCGGUGGAGGCUGAUACAAAAACUCCAGCAAAAAACGUGCGGCUAACAGCCUCCAAGGUUGCAGGUGAGGAGGACGUCGUGCCCAAAACUGAAUCGGAAGACGAGGAAUGUGCGGAGCAGGACCGUGAUCAGACUCAGGUCCGGCGCAAGGUGAAGGUCAAGAAGAGGAGAUUGUCGCUGAAGGGGAAAACUGUCGCGAAGAGGGCCAGGGACACUGUCAUGUCGGACACAAACGAGAGCAAAGCGUCCAGAUUCUCCGUGUUUUGCUGCCGCUGUGAUCACAGGCUGUUUGUGGGGAAACCUGCAGCGG